UGGCAUUGCAUGGCAGGGAAUUAAACCUGGUACAACUCCGCUAGCUAUCUCAAAGAUGUCUUCUCCCCUUUGUUUGCUAGCCUUCUCACUUGCUUUGGUGCUUCUCACCAUUCCCUCUCUAGCUGAUUUCCCCAAGCCACCCUCUCAUGGCCAGAAACCCCCUGAACCAAUCGGAAAACCACCCAAGGGUGAGAAACCAUCUCCGGAGCACAUGCCACCAUUUAAGCCCAUCGGCAAGCCACCCAAGGGCGAGAUGAAGCUACAAUAUUCUGAGCCCAUUGGUAAACCACACAAGGGCGAGAAGCCACCAACCGAGCCCAUUGGCAAACCACCCAAGGGUGAGAAGCCACCGCCGAAGCACAUCGGCAAGCCACCCAAGGGCGAGAUGAAGUUACAAUAUUCUGAGCCCAUUGGUAAACCACACAAGGGCGAGAAGCCACCAACCGAGCCCAUUGGCAAACCACCCAAGGGCGAGAAGCCACCGCCAAAGCACAUCGGCAAGCCACCCAAGGGCGAGAUGAAGCUGCAAUAUUCUGAGCACGUUGACGGACCAACCAAGGGCAAGGUUGAGAAGCCACCAACCGAGCCCAUUGGCAAACCACCCAAGGGCAAGGGUGAGAAACCGCCGGUAGAGCACAAGCCUCCCAAGGGAGAGAAGCCGCCAACUCACGGCGGCCACCCUCCGCCGCGCAAGAUGGCCCUCGAAACUCCAGGAAAGAAGCCAUUUGGGCCCCACAAGCCACCCCACAAACCUCCAUUUUCACCUCCGCAUUCCAACUGAUGAUCAGGAUCAUUCAUCAUCAGUUUGCUGCUUCUUAGUUAACCACCUAGCCUUUAUGGGUAUGGAUAGAAAUAAGACCCAUUGCUAGCUAGAUGAUCCUUCAUCCUUCCAUAUCUCCUAUUUUGUUGGUUAUCUACUGUAUGAUCCAUCGCUAUAUAUAUAUAUAUAUAUAUCUAUAGUCUCCAUUGUUGUUA